AUGCCAAAGAAAAGAGAAAGGUUUGAAGAAGGGAAGAGAUUAGAUGCAUACACAUACAAAAAGCUGUUCCAAAUUGCUGGACAAAAGAUGAAGAAGAUAUCUCAAGGAGGUGAUCAUAUUACCACAUCUGAUGCUUCAAUGAAAGUUGAUGGAACAAUUGUCAUGAAAUCUUGUUCGGAUUCUAAACAUGAAAAAAGGCAUAGGGUUGCAUUGGACUCUAAAGAAGUUUGUUUUGACAAUCAAGAAUCUGCAAAAGAACAUCCCCAAAUGGAUUGUGAUGAGAAUGAUACUAAGCUCAAAACGGGCCCUACACCUACACGCAGUGCUGAGCUGGCAGAGUUUCAAUUGAAGGUAUCAAGUGAAGUACAUGAUCAUGUUAACAAACUUUGUGAUUAUUGGAAAAAAGGUCAGAAUUCUGUCUUCUUUGAUGGACAGGAUCGGAUAAUUAAAGUGGUGUUUUUUGUAUUAUCAUUGCUGGAAAAAGUGAAACAACCUAUUUUAAUUUUAACUGCUUCAAGAUGUCUUUCAUUAUGGGAAUCUGAAUUUUCCAAAUGGUCAAAUUCAACCAAUGUUGUAAUUACAUACAAAGAGAACAAAGAUGUGAAGGAUGCCAUUAGAUCAUCACAAUUCUACACUGAAAAUGGAUCUAUAAAGUUUCAAGUCAUUUUAUCUUCUCCUGAUGCCAUUGUUGAGGAUUUUGAAAAGCUUGAUCACAUAAAAUGGGAAUUGAUAGUAAUAGACGAAUGUCAACGCCCCAUAAUCUCAAAGCAUUUCAAGGAAAUUAAAAUGCUUGUGUCAGAUAUGAAACUGUUAACAAUUACUAGUGAAAUAUUGGAUGUGAAGCAUAGCUACCAAAAUUUUCUUUUGUUGCUUGAUUCCAAAUAUGAAGAGACACACACGGAUGCUGACAUGGACACCAACACGUUGAAAGAAAAACUAUCGCCUUUUAUUGCAUUUGAAUUGAAGUUUAAUUCAUCUGAAAUUGAAGAAUAUUGGGUUCCAGUUCAUCUUUCUCAUAUGCAAAUGGAACAAUAUUGUUCCUUGUUGAAUUCCAACUUUGAGUCACUUUCACUUUCAUCAUCUUCAAGGAACAAUGCUACACUUCAUGACAUUCUUACCAAAACUCAGAAGUGCUGUGAUCACCCGUAUCUCGUGGACCCCACUCUGCGUAAAUCUUUGAAGAAAGAUGUUGACAAAUUGGGUGCUGAAAUUAAUGCAAGUGGGAAACUUCAACUUCUUGAUAAGCUUUUGUUAAAAAUCAAAAGAUGUGGUUUGAGAGUAAUUGUUCUUUUUCAGUCAGUGGUUAGUUCAGAAAAGAUAACAAUUGGAGAUAUUUUGGAAGAUCUUGUUGAUAGAAGAUUUGGGCAAGAUUCAUACGUACGUAUCCAACCAAAGAUUCUUUCAAUAUCAAAGAGAAAAGAGGCUGUAAACAUGUUCAACAACAUCGAGAGUGGAGCGUUUAUUUGCUUAUUAGAUUAUCACGAUUGUCAAUCAACGAUUAGACUUUCAUCAGUGGAUAUAGUCAUACUAUUCAACAGUGAGUGGAACCCUUCAGAUGACUUAAAAGCCCUUCACAAGCUUUCUCUCGAUUCUUCGCAUUUACGAAUCUUCCGCUUUUAUUCCUCUUUCACCAUUGAAGAAAAAUCUCUCAUUCUGUCAAAACAAGGCACGAUUCUCGACAGCAGAACAGAUCGCAUUAAUUACAAUACUUGCCAUCGCCUCCUUUCAUGGGGUGCAUCUUACUUGUUCGAUAACAUCUCCACUGAGUCAAAGUCAAAAUCAAAGUCAAAGUCAAAGUCAAAGUCAAAGUCAGACACUAGUUUAGAUGAUUUGGUUCACGAGUUGUCAUCCAUGUUUCUGAAUAAAACUGAGGAUACUGAUCGUUUAAAAAGCUUAAUCAUAUCAAAAGCACUGAUACACGAUGGAGUUUAUUCUAAAGAUAUCAUAUUGAUGGGUGAAACUGAAGCACACACAAAGGAAAGUUGCUCAAUUGAGGAGUACUUGAUGGAAAAUGAACCAAAUAAUUUUUGGAGUAAUUUGUUCAAAGAAACUCAUCAUAUCCAUACACCGCAAAAAUCGUCUAGCAGGCUGCAUCGGAGGGUAAAAAUGUCAUUCCGCAACCCUUAUUACUGGUUUGGAAGAUAUGAAGUUGAAAGUGAAAGCGAUACAGAGAAUAUUGAGAAGAAUGUAAUUACUUCAACUUUUGUGAGAACAAAAGUGAGGAGUAAAAGAAAAGCACGCAACAUGACAGGGGCAUCCAAACAUUUUCUUAUACAACAUUCAACACAAUUACCAUAUUCAAUUCCUUCAUUUUCAAGUACAAAUAAUGUUGGUGAAUCCCCUAACAAUCAACCUCCACAACCACAAACUUUACCCAUGAUACCAUCGGUUUCUGAUCAAAAUUCCAUUACUACCCCUCUUGAAACAGAGCUACAAAACAUCAAGAAGGAGCAAGAGCAAGUCACAAAGCUGCAUCAAGAAAAGAAAUCGAUGCUAAAUUCCGAGUGUGAAAAAGAGAUGUUAGAGAUACGGAAAAAGUACGAUGGUUUGAUAGAUGAAUCUGAGAUGUGUCUAACAAAAAAGAUGAAGGUUCUAGAAGGAUAUUAUGAUCUUGUGUAUGCCAAUAAAGUAUUGGCCGAGACUUUGACAAAGGAUUGUGAUGAUUAUCUCAAUAAAGAAAUGAGGGGAGUGAGGAUUGUUGAAAUCCCUGCAUCGACACUUGUACAAUCACAGAACCGAUGUACAACAAGUGGCCAUACUUUGCGUGCUCCAGCUCCUCAUUUAAGAGUAUAA